UCCGGCGGAGCUCUGAGACUGACAGGCCGUCUCUGGAAAGGUUCAGGAUCAGAGAGCCAUACACCUCCUGCAUCAGCGUGUCGACUUCCAGUGGUGUCAGUGACAGUGAGCAGCGGUUACCCAUUGAAAACCUUGUAGAAACUGUUAUCGUUUUAUGAUAUGUUGAACCUCACUUAUGCCAGAUAAUACACAACUAGUCUGAAAGUGUUGCAACCUUCUUUCGUAAAGUUUUUCGAGAUUUAAUGCUCUUACUGUUAGAACAACAAGAACAACAAGCCACUAUUAGACAGUUAUAUAGACAACAUGCUUUGUUUUGUCUGCUGUAGAAGACAGUAGUUUAUGGCCAUUGAAGCCAAUACUAAUACUGUGUGCACCAUUAUACGUUUACUUUUAGCCCUUAAUAAUAACUCUCGCAUAACUCCUACAUAUACUAGCAUUAGACAAAGGGUUAAUGUUCCCAACACAGGUGUAAUGCUGUAACUUCAUUAAUGAUGGUUAAAGGCUUGGUGUAUAUCAGUUCUGAAAGUGAACACAUUUGUUUGUUAAUCCUGUCUCAGUAGACAUUUACGUAACAGGUAUCUGGUGAGCCUAACAUCUGGAAAACUGAACCACUGGUGUUCAGCUGGUAGCUGGUCAGUCAUUUGAUCUACUCAUUAAACUAUUGUGAGCCCUGUUAUGAGGAACAAAGUCCUCCCAGUAGCAGAACUUCUCUGGGAGCGGAACUUGAUAAUGUUUGAGAGAGAACAUGUCUGAGUUUUCGACGCGUCUUAUCUGAAGACAGAUAAUCCAGGCCGUAAAAGACGGGACUGUCAUUUGCUCCACGGUACGGUCAGGAUGAAGACGCAGUCCAGGAGCCUUCGAGUGAGGUUACCUGUGUUCCUCUUUGUUACACAGGUGGCUUUCGUCGCCCUUUAUUUUGCCUUUGUGACCUACGAUGAACACGGCGACGCACGGUUCCAGACCAACCAGACUAACCCCAUGCACAACGCAAUGUACAAGGACUACCCGUACUUCGCAGACAUACAGGUCAUGAUAUUCCUCGGAUUUGGGUGCCUGCUGGCGUUUUUUCGACUUUAUGGCUUCGGAGGAAUAGUUCUCAACUUUCUUACGGCUACUUUUGCCAUCCAGUGGGCCAUUCUAGUCCAAGGCUACUUCCAGUUCAGCUAUGACGGUAAGAUCCAUCUGGGAGUGAUAAACCUCAUCAAUGCAGAGUUUGCGUGCGCCGUGGUGCUCAUAUCUUUUGGGGCAGUGCUGGGGAAGACCAGCCCACUGCAGCUGCUGGUCAUGGCACUGCUGGAGGUGCCAGUGUUUGCAGUGACAGAAUGGGCCGUGCUGAAGUAUCUGAAGAUCAACGACGCUGGGGGAUCUAUUCUCAUCCACAUCUUCGCCUGUUAUUUUGGUUUGGGAGUUACGUUCAUGCUGUACAGGCCUCGUCUGAAUGAAGGCCACGCAAAAGAGAAUUCCAGUUACCAGUCUGACAUCCUGUCUGUGAUGGGGACCCUGUUUCUCUGGGUCUUCUGGCCUUCUUUCAACUCAUCGUUGACCCUGAAGGGAGACGACCAGCACAGGGCCGUCCUCCACACCUUCCUCGGCCUCAGCGCCUCCACGCUCACGGCAUUUGCCCUCUCUGCACUCAUGAACAAAAAAGGGAAGUUCACCAUGGCCGACGUUCAGAACGUGACCCUGGCUGGAGGGGUGACAGUCGGGGCGUCAGUGGAUAUGAUGAUAUCGCCCGCAGCUGCUUACGCUCUGGGCAUGAUGGGCGGCACGGCCUGCAUGCUGGGAUACAAGUACUUGACUCCUUUCUUGGCGCGGCGGCUCAGGAUCCAGGAUCAGUGCGGGAUACAUAACUUACAUGGUCUCACAGGACUUAUAUCCUGUGCUGCGGGGAUAUGCGCUAUACUGAUGGCCACGGAGGAGGUUUACGGGCCCAGUUUGUAUGAGAUCUUUACCCACAGAGCACCAGUGGAGGGCGAUCCAAAGCUGCAGGAGCUCCAGAGGUUGAUACCUGGAAUCCAGCCUGGUUUGGGGAGGACUGCCAGAGAGCAGGCUCUCUUCCAGGUAGCAGCUGUGUUUUCCACUAUCGGACUCUCUGCACUGGGAGGAAUUCUCACAGGGUUUGUUUUGAAGCUGCCGUUCUUUGCGUCACCAUCAGAUGAUUUCUGUUUUGAUGAUGAGCCGUUUUUCGAGGUUCCCCCAGACUAUGAUUCACCCCACAGAGUCAGACACACCGUUACAACUGAGGAUUCUGUUGCUUAGCAAGAAAAAAUAAAUGAAGAUAAUGUCUUUCUGUAAAUGAGCUUAUAAAUGUCUUUGUGAGAAACAAACUCGCUGACAGUAUUUACAUCUGUUGGAAAUGAAAUGAUCCACGUGUGAUUUAAAGAAAUCAGUACAAGAAUAUUUCCUGUAAGCAUGAACAGAAACUGUGUUUAAGAGUCCUCUGAAAGAAC